UGACGUCAUUUACAGUUAAUAAACUAAACAGGAGGAAACUAGUAUAAAAGAGCCGUCGGCAGAUCUUCAGUGCCAUAGCGUAAUAAGUCAGACUACAGAGAAGGUGUUGUCUCACUAAGAAGACCUUUACCAAACUAUUGAACUUGAUUGAUUACAGACUUUUAAUCAGCAAAGAUCUAACAUGGAACACGAGCAAAGCAACAACGAAGAGACACAAGUCCAGUUCGUGAAGCGUUUUUCUUCAAUCCCAGUCAUUGAAAGUACAUGGACUCAACUAUCUGCAUAUUAUAACAAAGCCAAGGAGUACAACACAUUGGUGAAGUAUGCCUUUGAUAAAGCUGAAAGUGGAGCAAAAACUGUUCUGAAUACUGCUCAACCAGUUCUGGAUAAAUAUCAACCUCAGAUUAACGCUGCUGAUAACUUUGCAUGCAACCAACUUGAUAAACUGGAGGAGAAGUGUCCUGCCAUCAAAAAGACUCCUCAGCAAAUUGUCACUGACAGCAAAGAGAUGUGCUCCAAUCUAGUGCAGCCUGCAGUUGAUAAGGUCAAUGCUGUGAAACAAUUUGGGGACACAACUGUGGACAACAUCAAGUAUUUCAGUUCUUUGGAAAACAGCAAGGAAUAUGGCAUUAAACAGGUGCUUCGUGCUUCCAACUACACUUACAGCCAGCUGCAGUGGCUGCUUCAAACUGAUUAUGGUCAGCAACUGUUACACCAGGUGGAGGUUUAUUUAACCUAUUCUGAAGAUGCUCUUGAUAAAUAUCUGCCUGUUGUUGAUGGUUCUGAGGAACCAGGCAAAGAACUGGAAACCUCUAAAGAAGCCUCCUUAGCUCGUGUUGGCAACAUUUCUCUGAAGCUCAAGAAACGUGUCUAUGCAAAAGCAAUGAAAGAAUUGGAAAGUGCACAGACUCAUUCCAAGGAAGCCCUGAACAAAUUAAUUGCAUCUUAUGCUCUUAUCGAGACAUUGCAACAGAAUAUUGGUUCUUCUCAAGAAAAGAUCCAAAAUGUUAAGGAAAAAGUUAUGGCAACAUGGAAGGAAGUCAUGAGUGAAGAAGACCCAUAUGCAGGAAAAUCCUUUAAUGAAAAAACUAACAAUGAAAUAGCCAUUACUUUGGCUCGCCAUGUUGCAAAGCAAGCGCAAGAAACCAUUCAUCUUAUUUCGUCCAACUUACCAGAAACUCCAGAUAUUGUUAAGCAACUCAUGAAAGAGUCUCAACAAUACAGUCAGAACCUCUACACAACGAUACAGAAUACUGAAUCCAUCAAAGAUAUUUCUUCAACACUGUACCACAAAACAACAGAGUCCCUUCUUGGUUUACAACAAAUAUUCCAGACUUUACUGAAAACACCUUUAUCUUACAUAACAUCACUUCCAAAAUCUGAAGAAAUUGAGAUGACACCUGUAAAUCCUUCCUCACCUGAAGAAACAAAAACUGAAGAAUCAUCUACAAAAUAAACAAAUUAAUAAAAUCCAUUUUCUUUUUUGUCUGUGGCAGAUGUGAAAAUGGUAGAAAUGGAAUUGGGGGGAAAAACAUUCACUCUGAAACCAGUUUGCCCUUUUCUCAAUGUUAUAUUGUUUAAACUUUUUGUCAUAAACAAUUCUACAGGGUGAUUAACACGUCUCUUCUUACCAGUUAAAUACUAUAUAAAAUUCUUACAAUUGUGUUUAUAUAUUUAGUAAUUAAUUAAUCUCGUCAAAAGAUAAUGGUCAUUGUCCUAAAAGAAAAAAAAGCCUGCUCUAAUGAUAGUUCUGGUUGUCUGGACAUCCUGAGUCCAAAUGAUCAUGGUGAUACAAGUAUUUGACUAUAUAAACAGCAGAGCAAAUAGACUUGCUAUCCUGGAAUCCCAGAAUCAUGGCAGUCAUUGUGGUCCAAGGGGGGUGGAGGGUAAUGAAUGUAGUUCCGGUAGUUAAUAGCAAUGAUGAUGAGUUGGGAGGGAUUAGAAGAUGAAACUUUCAAUAAGAAACUUGAUUGAGCUCAGUUGUGAACCAGUUUAUAAAUGCUAAAAGGAUUUGUAAAUUACCCUGUAGUUUUAGUCUUUCUUCUACCUAAUUAUACUUUUUCAUGAGCAAUUAGUUAAGAUUAUACUUAAUAAAAUAUAAUAUAACACUGCUAUCAUUUUAUACAAAUAAAAGCUAUUUUGUUACUGUA